GACUGCAGGUAGAUUUGAGUACUCAUCUCUCUCCUGCAGCACAUGAUGUGAAAUAAGGAACGGCCUAAACAGCAUACAGCUCAGAGAAUGCUAGCAUACUGGGCAUUGACCAGCAGUCAAAGGUGAGAUUCUGCCAAAUAAAUGAGGCAGUGACACAAGAGUUAAAGCUCUGUGGUACUUAUGAGAGAGUACUGGUGCAGAGACUGUAUCUGACUGGAGCACACAGUAGAUCAAAAUUUCCUGUUUAUCAUCGCAGUGGGUGUGUUCUUACUCUUACCAAACAUCAUUUCACAAGAAAUAGGUUACAGCAUAAGAAAACAUAUUCUCAUCCCCAACAGAACAAUAAUAGGAUGAAGCUGAUACAGCUGCUGCUUCUGUUCAGUUUUACACUGGUUGCAGAAUUUCUUAACAUCAAUGUCAUCCAGGGAGAGGCUGUUCGUCUGCCUCCCUACAAUCUGACAAACACAGAAUACUUCUGGUACAGAAAUGAAACGCUGAUCAGCUCCGCCGCAGGACAGCGAGUGUUCUGCCAAGCAGGGUAUCUUUUCUUCCUGCCAGUUCUUCACAAUGACUCUGGAGUAUACCGGCUAACAACCAAGCAAAGAGAUUCAUUAAACAUAACAGUCCAGGUCUACGAUGAGGAACCUUUCAAUCAAACCCUCCUGUAUAAGUCUGUAUUUGGAUUAGCUGCCACUAAUCCCAGUGUCAAUUGCCCUACUGCAGUAUGGAUGUUAUGUCAGGAUGUCAGAGGAAGUUUCACAUGGUAUAAGGAUUUUAUACACAAACCAAAGAGGUCAACGAAAUAUUUUCAGAUUUUUAACGCAUCUAAAGAGCAUGAAGGGAUCUAUACCUGUAAGUGCACAUGGAUGCGCAUGAAUAAGACAUUCAUUACAUCUGCAUCCAGGGAAUUCAAAAUUAAAGGCCCAGGUCCUGUCACCUAUCCUCCAUCUUUCAGAUUUCCCACCAAUGGCACAGCUGAGACUGGAGAGUUAGGUUCUCCAAAGAAGAUGGUCUGUAAAGUGUCCUUUGGGUACUGCCAGGAAGACUGUGAGGUUGGGUGGAAGAUAAAUGGGGCCGAUCCUCAGAAGCACAUGGUGCACAAGGACAAAACUGCCAACUGUACGAACAGCAGGUUCAUUAUGGAAACGAGCUGGGAAAAAGAAAACGACAUGACUAUUUACAAGGCUGUUUUGACCAUCUGUAAAGUGACCAUGGAAGACUUCCAAACUAAGUUUUGGUGUGUCGCGGAGACACCUAACCGAUGGGAGUUUGUGACGGUCUCCUUGAGAAUCAGUGAGACAAUGUACAAAUGCUUGAUAGUACACCUGAGCAUUAUGGGGGUCCUGAUCCUGACUACUGUAGCUUUCAGAGUCUUCAUGAUAGACCUGGCUCUUAUUUAUCGAGAUGUUUUUAAGAUGCAUAGCAGUAAAAAAGACGGAAAGGUAUAUGAUGCCUUUGUCAUGUAUCAGACGCACAACAUGGAAAGGACAGCUGAGGAGAGAAUCGCUCAUUUUGUUUCCACUGUUCUGCCUGAUGUACUUGAGCGAAAGUACGGUUACAGCCUUUUCAUCUGUGGAAGGGACGACCUGCCAGGAGAAGACUGUGUGGAGAUGGUGCAGAGCCGUGUGAAGCUAAGCCGCAGGCUGGUGGUGCUCCUAACCCCAGCUUGCACUGGUCAAGAUGGCAUAUCUGCACCAGUUGCUGAAGAUGCUACCUCCCAGUUAGCUCUGCAUCAGGCACUAGUCCAGGAGGAGCUGAAGAUCAUCCUGAUCGAGUUGGAGAAGAUGGACGGAUACUGCCACUUGCCCCAAGCCCUCCAGCACCUUGCCCACAAAACCACACCUCUGCGUUGGGAGGAAACAGGCUGCAGCUCCGGAAGGUUCUGGAAGCGUGUUCGGUACCAGAUGCCUCCAGCACCCAUCCACCUGUCAUAUUAUUCCUGCAUGAGGAAACUACAGCCAGAGAUUCAACCACUGAACAUUUACCACUGAAUGUUUAAGGGUAUGAUGAUGAGCUCUAUUCAGGCCACAGCAGAUUCAUAUAAAUAGAUGCGUGCACACACACACACACACACACACACACACACACACACACACACACACACACACACACACACACACACACCUGUUGUUACAUGCCGUAAGUUUUUUUCCCGCCUUGUUUUCUGGUUUUUGAUUCUCGCCUCGCUCUUUUUGUGCCUUUGCUGUGGUUGAUUUUUGAUCUCCCCGCUCAGUUUUCUUUGGUUUACGUCUUCGCUCGCUCCCUCGGACACUUGCUUCGGCUUGUGUGCCUGUUCUGCGUGUGUGAUGCUGCGUAGGGAGUGACUGCCAUUUUGUUUUGCAAGUGUGUGUUCGAUUCUGUGUAUUUGGUUAGGGAGUCAAUUGGAGUGUUUGUCUUUUGAUUUCCUUUUCUUUUGCACUUAGCGGAGAUUGGCUGUGGGUCGCUUGGUAGUUGAGGAUUUUUGUUUGUUAAUUUGACCAUGGUCACUCCUGAAGUCUUUUGCACCGGGUUACUUGUUCAGUGUCAGUUUUGUGUGUGUGAAUAAAAUAUAAAAAUACAAAAAAUCCCUUUGUCCACUGGUGUUCCCUUGUUCCCCUUAUCCUGUUUAUCCUUUUAUCCAAUUCCCCUUUCCCUUUAAUACUGUUACACUCCAACCCUAGACUGGAGCUCAUAAUGCUGUAUAUAUGCUAUGUAUCAGUCAUCUCUGUAUGUGCUUCCGCCUGCCUUAACUGCUAGAAAUCUGACUUGCUUGUGUCCUGGACCUGCAUGUGGAUUGCAAUUGUUUUGAUUGAGCAAAAAGAAAUUGCUG